AUGGUUGGAAGAGAGAAGGGCCAAGAGGUGCAGGUGAUUAACACCCAGGAUCUUAUGGGUUUCAGUGCGCUGACUGAGCUCAGCACGCUGGGAUUUGAAUGUACCCUUGAAGAGGUUGAUCUUGAAGAUAUCACUAAGAAUCAAAUCAACACGAUAAAAGCUUGCACAUCUGAGAAUCCAGGGACUGAAAACUGUCCGGCACUAGAAAGAUCUACUUUUGAUACGAGUAAAUGCCUGCAGGGCAUCUAUGAGGAUCUGAAUGCCUACAGGGCAGAGCUGAAGAACUUCAGUGAUCAAAAGGUGCUGGCAACUAUUGAUGAAAUGAUGAAAGCCCUGAAGACCAGCAGCAGGAGCGUGCUGCAGCCACCAGCAGGCGCAGGGCUGACCUCCUUCAAUGAGAGGAUGAGGCUCUGCAGCAUCCUUCAUGCCUUCCAAAUCCGCACAGUCACCAUCAACAGGAUGAUGAACUACCUGACCUCUCCGGAGAGCUCGCUGUAA